AUGCGUCGGAAAAAAGUAUCGAUGGAUAAACUGUUCGGAUAUAAAGAGGAAGCGGUGGUUACCAGAGAAAGCUGGGGUGUCGACCUACAACCACUAGCUCCUGUUGCGAAUGAAUCUAAGAAACGACAAAAAACAGCAUCCACUGUACCUAAGAAGAAGGCGAAAAUAGAACGGGGUGCAGAAGAUAUCACGGACGAAACUACAAAACAACUUGCAACGGAACUCUUGGAUCAAAUCGAGACUACACCGGGUCGAAUUAUCUUGAACUUCUCAUCGACAAAGUCUUCUGAAGUGUGCCCACUUCCACCGAGUUUCAAUCAAAAUGUGAAAUCAAACUGGUCCAUUGAUAAUUUAAAAGAAAGACAGCUGAGUGGUCUCCUCGACCAGAACUGUAAAAGCUUCAAGCCAUUGGGAAUCAAGAAGAUUCAAAAGGUGAAAACUGAAGAAGAGACACUCCCGAGACAAUUGGAUCUGAAGCAAACUAUCGCAAAACUCAAGAAUGAAGAUAAGAAAGAUGAUGAGUAUGUUGGAUUCUCAGUUGCUAUUGCCAACGUUCUCAGAAGAUGCGAGCCGAAAAUUGCCGAAAAACUUGCUCAAUCGAUCGUUGCCCUUCUCGAAACCGAUGCUUCGAGCGUAGUCCAUAAGAUGUAA